CAAUGCCUUUUACUUUUUCUACUGAGAAAUGCCUCAGGUUAAUAGUUAGCUUUAAGCUUUCUAUCGCACGCACGCCAACUGUUUGAGACGUUGCCUGGACCAAAACUCAGACACGAAAAAUGAUACCAAAGCCACUGCGCACGUUGGGUACCGGUGCCGCUAUCAUCCUUGGUGGACUAAUAACUCUGAACCUUGCUUCCUCUGCCACCAUGAGAGCGCUUCGUUUCACCAACGAAGCGAAACGGAGAAAGGUGGCGUCGCCUUGUGAGCAUUGCAAAGGGAAAGGGUUUUAUAUAUGCAAACUGUGCAAAGCAAAUGCCACCAUUGAUUGGUCUCCUUUGUACGACCCAGUUGCCAUCAACCCUUGCCUUUGCCCUACUUGCGAUGGAAACAGGGUGCAACGUUGUCUUAAUUGCCUAGGGAAGGGCUACGAUUGACUUGCUUAAGAGGCGGUAUUGAAUUGUUCAAGUGAGUUGUAUUUUCUGUGUAGUGGAGCUUAUAUAGUGUGACGUUCAAUUGCAUUUAAGCUAAUACAUACUUCUUUCAUCAAUCACAAUGCUUAACUUUUUUGACUUCUAUUAGUCAUAUACUGAUUUUGAAUUAGAGAAGUGUGCCCUUUCCUCGCCCAA